AUGCCGAGCUAUCUGAUUCCAUCCCUUGAAACAUUGCCAGUGGAAAUCGUUCAUCGAAUAUUUGAUAAUCUCGACGCAAAAACAAUUUUAUCAUCGCUUCGCCGUACAUGUCGACGAUUUCAAACAUGUACCAACAGUUAUGAAAAAUUUGUUUUGGAUUUAAAAAAAAUGUCAAAGCCAUAUUUUGAACUUAUUUGUCGUUUAGUUGAUCCUCAACAGGUGAUUGCAUUGAUACUCUCUGAUGAUGAUGAAACAUUAUAUAAAAUUGAUUUAUUUAUCUCACAUUUUGAUACCAAACAAUUUAGUCAACUGCAUUCAUUGACAUUAAAUGGAAUCAAAGAACGUCACUUCAAAUUUAUCUUAAAAUGUGUCAAUAUUACUUUUCUCAAUACAUUUUCACUUGUGAUCAAAAAACGUGAUUUACGAUACAGAAAGUCAACAGUGGCACUUCUUUCGUGGAUAAUUUCUCAAAGAAAUCUUCGUCGAUUUGAAGUCGAGGAUGAAUGGGAACCACCAUUAGCUUGGCCCGUCCAAUGCAUGAUUCAGCAUUUAAGAAUUGGUGGUUGUUGGAUUUUGUAUCCGUACAGCAUUCUUCAGUGUUCACCUAUUUUACAAAAAGUUUCUAUAAGUUUUUUAAAAGGCACAAGAGAUGUGAUUGUCUUAACAAAUACUUUAACAACACCAUUUAGACAUAUAAAUUCACUGACUUUGGAAAAUUUAAUUACAAAAAUUGAAACACUCGAAUUGUUACUCUCACUAAUGCCUUCAUUGACCCAUUUUAAGCUAAUCGGUAUCGGAAAUUUUUUCGACGGCAAUCGAUGGGAACAGUUCAUCCAGACGAAUUUACCGUUUUUGAUCAAAUUUGAGUUUUUUCUUGAACAAACCAGAGAUGUUGACUACACUCAUGCAGAUGCUCAAUCGAUCAUCGCAUCCUUCCGAACACCAUUUUGGCUUGAGCACAAAAAAUGGUUUGUCGCAUGUGGAUAUGAUAUCGACUCACCUCGAUGCGUCGAACUCUAUUCGAUUCCACUUUGCUUGUCUUCAUUGCAUUAUAAAGUUGAAUCAAAGAAAAUCACUCUCUCUACUUCUGGCACAAAUACUGAUAAGGAAACAUCAAUCAUAGAUAAUGUCAGAAAAAUUCAGCUCGACGUGGCAAUUAAUUAUCCGAAUGAUAUCGCAAAUAAGGUAACAAUCAGUAUCAGUAUUGAAAUCUUUUUUGUUAUACAGUGCCUAACGAGUUGUUAA